AAAGGCAGUUGAAAACAAACUGUACAAACUACAACUACACCACAUCAACUCUCCCAAGACCUCUGAGAUCAACCAGGACCAGGAACCAUGUCCAGUUCUGGGCCGAAGGAGCUGAGGAUUGUCUUCAUUGGAAAGACUAAAAUGUUGACGUCACGAAUUGAAGCCAUCCUGAAAGAAAAGGCUGCGCAGGAAGACUUUACAAUGGUUUUGGUGAAGACUCUGAUCCAAGACAGUCCAAGUCAAGUCGACGAGACAGAAAACACCGAAGUGUCAAAGGAAAUGCAGAAAGGAGCUACAGCAUCCAUCUUUUCUCCUGGUCCCCAUGUGUUUCUGUUCGUGCAAGAGUGGGAGAGCGACUUUAAAAUACAUGACGUGGAGCGAAUGAAACUGGUUAGGGAGUUCUUUGGUGACGAGUCGCUGCGUUACUUUUUACCCUUGAUCACCCACGAAGAUGAAGAGCUGAAACCAAAGGAUAGAAAUGAUAUAAUGAAUUUCAUUGAGACACAAUUUGGGUGUGACAAAGAGAAAUGGAGUGAUAUUGAUGUUCGUAGUGAGAAAGUCCAAGAUCAGGAGAGAAAGUUAGUGGACAAGCUGAGAGAGGUGGCUGAAAACAACCAAUGGGAGUGUUACACAGAGGAAAUGUUCAAGAGGGCACAGGAAGCCCUCUGCCAGAAAAUGCAGGAAUUAGACAAGAAGGGAAGGAAAGAUGAUGUGAAUGACACACUGACCAAAUUUGUUGAGUUGGUAACUGGAGGGGGCGACUUUAGCAAGUUCCUGUUUCAAAUGCAGAGAGAGGUGUCAGACUAUUUCAGCAAAUACACGGAGAAGCUGGCUCAGAAACACAAAAAGUGAGGAUAAAAAUUGGCCUCCAUUCACAAAAGAAUCAAAGAGUUAAGAGCAAGUUAAUGAAAUGACGGAAGGAAAGAUGAGACUUUACUCAUGAACCCAAAAUGAUUGAUUCAUUAAUCCUGUUGUUAUUAAAUCUGCAGCUCGGUCAGAGAAACAAACAAGAUAUUUGAUGUUUUUAAUGCGAGUUAUUAAUCUGACAGACUCGGUUCCUCUGCACACUGAGAUCAAGACAACAAAUAAUCAUGUUUUUAUAUCAUUAUUAUCAUUUGCAUUUUGGCAGAAGUGACAUUUGGACUGGUUCAAUUGGACUCCAUAUUUUCCAGCUGCAACAUUAUAUUCUAAAUGAUUUAAUGCAAAUACUUCUUUUUCCUUUUAUUGAUGGUGAACAAGGCAUAAUGAGGA